UUUUCUUACACUUCAAAUUAACAUCUGUUAAGAUUUUCGAUCGAUUUUGCAUCCAAAAAUAUUGCCUUACCCCGAACAUAUCAUGAAUUUAAUAACCGCCGAUUCCAAGAGGGUAUUGCGCGAGAUUUAAGUGAGGUUUUUGAGGUUUUUUUACAGAAUUCGCAUACGUAAUGAGCAUAUAAUUCAUGAAAAUCAAUAUGGCCGACUGGGAGGAAUAUUUCUCGAAACAAACUGCUCCUGCAAGCCUUAAAGAAACGAAAACCAUCGUUGCCGAAUUCGCAGUGAACCACAGAGCUGCGGGAAGGAAUGUUGUGCUAAUAACGUCUGGUGGAACAGCAGUCCCUUUAGAGAGCAAUACCGUCAGGUUUAUUGAUAAUUUUAGCAGUGGAACCAGAGGAGCAGCUUCUGCUGAACAAUUUCUUCAACAAGGUUAUGCUGUUAUUUUCUUGUUCAGGCAGCAUUCCUUGCAGCCUUUCUCAAGACACAUUUCACCUGACAAUUUUCUGGAUAUUCUAGAAUUCAAGGGAGAUAAUGAGGGUGCACUUCAUAUUGAAGUUGAUGAAAGUAGGGCACCAAAUAUAAGGGAUGUAUUAAAAAAGUAUCACGAGGUCCAGGUUUUAGGGACAUUAUUAUUGGUAGAGUUCAAUACUUUGUCAGAUUAUCUGUUUUUACUACGAACUAUGGCUGAAGCCUUGGGGAAUCUUGGUUCACAAGUGAUGUUUUAUCUUGCUGCUGCUGUCUCAGAUUUCUACAUACCAGAAGAAAGCAUGGCUGAGCACAAGAUCCAAUCAGAUUGUGGUCCUCUUGAGCUAGUAAUGCAACAAGUGCCAAAAAUGUUGACACCUCUAGUAAAAGAGUGGGCUGACAAUGCCUUUGUGGUUUCAUUUAAGCUCGAAACAGAUGUGAAUAUUAUCAGCAAGAAAGCUAGGGAAGCUCUUAAUAAAUACAACCACCAAGUGGUGGUGUCUAAUAUAUUACAAACGCGUAAAAAGACCGUAGUUAUAGUGACGCCUGCACAUGAGAUGGCAGUGUGGAUGUCUGAUGAAGAACUCGAACAAGGAAAAGAGAUUGAAGCUAAGAUUGUGACGGAGCUUGUUAAGAUGCACCAUCGGUUUAUCUCUGGCUCGGCUAUACAAGGGACACACGGACAAUACAUCCCUGGCCAACUGCAGGAAGGAGUUCACUUAUCUCAGGUUCAACAGUUUCAACAGUAUGGAGUACAGCCAAGUCAACCCCCCCUGACACCACAAGAUAGCUGUUCCCCUGGAUAUGGAGGAUUUAGCCCCAACGCCAACACCACAGUGACGCAUAUACGAUUACGAAAGAAUGAAGAAGGUAACUCACCCCCUUCAGUUUCACCUAUCUCCGAGGAAAGCAUACCUCCUACCCCUACCACGCCCACCUCUGGAGGUAAGGGUAUUUCUAGGUUUGGGAUAUUAUCAGAUCUCUCACUUACAGCCGAGAUGAAGGAGUUUAUCGAAUCGUUCCGCACUAGAAGGAUCGCUUUGGGUUAUACGCAAGAAGACGUCGGGUUCGAGUUGUCUCGAACAAACGGUCCGUCUUACAGUCAGUCUUUUAUUUCACGUUUCGAGUCGAAAAACCUUGGGCUCAAAGCUGCGGAGAAAAUGAAACCCGUCAUGCAGACGUGGCUCGAACAGAAGGAACUAGAGUGCUCCAAGGGUUUGCGAGUCUGCAAAAAGCGCAAGCGGAGAACGUCUUUCUCAAACGAAGUCUUAAGAGUCCUGAUAUCGCACUUUGAACAAAAUCCCAAACCAAAUUCAACUGAAAUAACGCAGAUCGCGAAGGAAGUGAAUCUGGAACCUGUCACGGUGCGGGUCUGGUUCUGUAACCGCAAACAAAUGCUUAAACGAAUGGCUACGGGAAAGACGAGGGUUAACAAUUCAUUGAAGGCAGAAUUGGAAGCCAAAUCUAAAGUUGAAUUCAGCCCAACUAAAGAGGGUAAACUGGAUUUCACUAACAUGCCUGUUGGCCAGUUCUCGUUCACUGAGGAUAGAGUCAAACCCCUUGUAUGUGUGGGAUCAGAAGGAAGUCCCGUCAAAAAGGUGUCACGUACUCCCACUUCUUGCGUUACCUAUGCUCAAGUUCAAGACGAUACAAUUGUUCACUCAACUGCCUUGACAGGGGCGCCUGGGGCCUACAGCGUGUCAGAGCCUGUGAACCAAGUUAACCAGUUUCCAUUCCCAGAAGUCGAAAAGCCAAUGGGAAUGAACGUCGGCAAUGCUAUGAAAACAACUCCACAAACACCGACCUCCUACGCACAAGAAGCAGCUAUCAACUCAAGUGCUGGUACUGGGAACCAUGUGGCGUACGCAACCGAGUCAAUGUCAGAGCCUGGUACCCAUGUCGAACACGCUGCGGUUGUCAGUUUAAAUUUUGAUUCUCCUGUUGUACAUAAGGUACAGCAAGGACCUUUCUCUCGACCAAUGGGUGAUGAUAACACUUUACAUGACUACCAUACUGAAGUACGCAUGCCUGAACAUUCCUGAGACUGUAUUGCUUGCAUACCAUGGGAAUAUUAUAAUAUAAUAUGACAUAACCGUCAGAGAUUUUUGUGAAGAAUCUCCAAUGAAAACAUGAAGAUUUUCAGGCAAUUUUCUUAACCCAUUCCAAAUGAAAAUUUGCGAAAAUAAUGCUUCAAUUUUAUUUUGUUAUACAAAUGAUAUCCAACAUUGCUAUGCUUACAGAUGCAUCAUUCUUUAAGCUGUCAAUUAAAUUUACUCAUAAAUUUUAAUCUUCUAAAUUGGGUGUGCGUAGGCUGUUUACGUGAAGGUAGUAUAUUGACUAAUCCAACUUGGCUAAUUCUGCGGUUCUCUUGGGAAAGAAAGCUUGCCUAAUGCACCUAGUUCAUCGAACCUUCAUGUAAACAGCUUGUGAAUAAUAUAAUAAUAGUUUAUCUUUGGCUUUAAGUGCGUAAGCCAAGGUUUUAAACGAAACAAUAAUUUUUAGUGUUAACUUUUGAUGUGGCACACAAGUGUGUGUUUAGAUUAGAAUGUUAGACUAGCAGGUGUACGUUCUCUUUUGUUGCCAAUCCUUGCUUGUGUUAAUUUUGACUUUUAAUAAUGACAGCCCAAGUAGAAGUGAAGUGCAGAUUUCGUAUGAAUGCAUGAUUCCCACAGACGUAUUAACCAAUAAGGAAUAAGAACCCAGUGGUUGCUAAGUAACCAUUGGUUGCUAAGUAACCAGUAGUUGCCAAGUAACCAGUAGUUGCUAAGUAACAAGUAGUUGCUAAGUAACCAGUAGUUGCUAAGUAACGUAUAGUUGCUAAGUAACCGGUAGUUGCUAAGUAACCAGUAGUCGCUAAGUAACCAAUAGUGUUUGAUUGGCUUAACAAUACAUCAGUGCCAUAUCAAGCCAUGCCAUUAGGCCUCAUGAGUUCGAUAAAAUUAAUGCAUCAUGAUCAAGCUUGGGUAAAAACAACACUAUAAGAUAUAGCGAACAAAAGAUGUUUUCUACCAAAGCUAGGCUUCAAUGUACCAUCUUCUUUAGAGGCUGAAGUCAUUAAACCCGUGAAUAGAUAUUAGACUAAUACACUUUAGUAGACCAUUAGUAGACCAUUGUUUUCUUUUGUGUCUGUUUCACUAUUACACGUUGACUAGUAAUUUUUAUUUCACGGGUUAAAUGUCCUCACUCUACUCAGAAAAAGGUCUGUACUAUUGUCCUUGUCAUACAAAAUGUAUUCUUUGCGCAAACGUGGACACUCAGCACAACAAAAGGAGCGUAUUUAGAUGACAUUCAUUUAGUUUACAGGUCUAGUCUGGGUGUACUUUUACGAAGGGUAAAUUCUAUUUAGUAUUAUGCUUUUUAAUUCUACCUAUUAUCGCUUACUUCUGUAAAUGUCUUUUUACUGUAGCACGAUAUAUAUAUAUAUAUGUAUAUAUAUAUAUAUAUAUAUAUAUAUAUAUUAUGACUUGGUAUUUAAAUAGGUGGUGCUGGACACUCCUUAUUCGCUAGACUGCGGUACGUAGUAAUAGAGAUCCUCGUCAGUCAAGGGAAAGAUAUAUACAUAUAUAAUAAUACAAUAUACGACAAGCAGAGCUCUUAUGCAUUAUGUAUGCAUGUGUAUGUAUAAGUAUGCUUCAAGGAAUGCAUGGGCAUUGGUUCGGGAUUGUGUACUUGUGCAGGAUUGCACACUUGUGCAGGAUUGUGUGCUUGUCGGGGAUUGCGCACUUGUCCAG